GAUUACAUGUUUCCCCUCAGCAUGCUCUCUCGUGGGCUCGUGCUCCAGCUGCCUGUCUGAACUUUAACUGCAUGCUCAUCCUGCUGCCGGUGUGCAGGAACCUGCUGUCCUUCCUGAGAGGAACCAUCCAGUGCUGCAGCCGCACCGCAGCUCGACAGCUGGAUCGAAACAUCACCUUCCACAAAAUGGUGGCUUACAUGAUCGCCUUCCACACGGCCGUGCACAUCAUCGCCCACCUGUUCAACUUUGAGUACUUCAUGGACGCUCAGCUGAACAGGAACAGCAGCUUCCUGCCCUUCGUCCUAUCAGAGAUCGGCUCUGGAGACAACGCCUCCUUCCUGAACCCCAUCAGGACCAACGAGACG